CUUAUCGGAGUUGAUUUUCCGGCGAACGCAACUUUGAACUCCGACGGACAUUCUAGAGUUUCUUCAUCCAAGAGCUGGUGGCGGCGGAGGUGAUUGGAUGGGAUAUGGCGGAGCCACCGUUGUUGCCGUUGAAGGAGAACAAGAUAGCCAAAGGAACUUUUGCAGUGGUUGGAAUCAUGUCUACUCUAGUCAUUUAUGGCAUCUUACAGGAAAAGAUCAUGAGAGUUCCCUACGGACCGAACAAAGAAUUUUUUUCGUACUCAUUGUUUCUUGUCUUUUGCAAUCGGAUUACCACCUCUGCGGUCUCUGCCGGAGUUUUACUGGCAAGUAAGAAGGCCUUGGACCCAGUAGCUCCACUCUAUAAAUAUGGUGUUGUUUCUAUUUCUAACAUCCUUACAACUACUUGUCAGUAUGAGGCUCUCAAGUACGUUAGCUUUCCUGUUCAAACCCUGGCAAAAUGUGCCAAGAUGAUACCUGUAAUGAUCUGGGGUGCUAUCAUUAUGCAAAAGAAGUACCAAGGACAGGACUAUCUUUUGGCAUUCCUAGUAACUCUGGGUUGUUCAUUAUUUAUUCUGUAUCAGGGUGCAGGUGACAUCAGUCCCUUCAAUAGAGGAAGGGAAAGCACAGUCUGGGGAGUUUCUCUGAUGAUAGGCUAUCUUGGGUUUGAUGGCUUCACGAGUACUUUCCAGGACAAACUUUUUAAAGGCUAUGAUAUGGAAAUACACAAUCAAAUAUUCUAUACAACGGUCUGUUCGUGUCUUCUUAGUUUCACCGGUCUAAUUUUGCAAGGCAAUCUUCUCAUGGCAAUAGAUUUUGUAUCCCGCCAUCAUGAUUGUUUCUUUGAUAUUGCUCUGCUUUCAACUGUAGCAACUGCAAGUCAAUUUUUUAUUUCUUACACAAUCCGCACAUUUGGUGCUCUAACAUUUGCAACCAUAAUGACCACAAGACAGUUGGUGAGCAUUUUACUGUCAUGCUUGUGGUUUGGCCAUCCUUUGAGCUGGGAGCAAUGCAUCGGAGCUGUUAUCGUGUUUGGAUCCCUUUAUGCAAGAAGCUUCUUGAAGACAAAAGAGAAGGCUGAAACUAAAGCCCCAGGUGGUUCAUAA